CUGCCUCACACAGUCAGAAGUGGAAUGAAUGCUGAGGGGGUCCUGGGGAAGAAACAUGGAUAAUUCAGAAAUUAUUUCAAAUGAAGGCAACAACACAGAUGGAACGUCUUUUCCUUAUAACGUGAGAAACAAAGGAGCUGUGCAAACAUUCAGAGUCGGGUCCAGAAGUCUUCCACUUUAUCCAUCAGUUAUCCUGUGUUUAGGAUUGUUGAAUGUGAUUCUGCUGUUAACUGCCAUUGCUAUUGGGAUUUACUGUGGCAAAGUCAAUCAAGAAUCGGAUCCCCACAACCACAAAACAGCACAAGGACUACUUAUAGAGGUGAAUGAACUUCAGAGAGCUCAAGGUGAAGCUGUCAAAGAUAAAGAAGUGUCUGAACAAGCAUUAGAGCAAGAACGCAGGAACGCCAAGCAACUUGAGCUGCAUUUAACACACAACAAAACCAACAGUGACCGCCUUCAGAGGCAGCUUGAGGUGCUACAUGUGGAGAAGGCAACAAUUCUGGCCAAUUCCUCUGAGUCCAAGAAAAGCUGCGGGCGAUGUCUUCCUGGGUGGAUAUUACUUAACACCACAUGCUACUUCUAUUCUACGUCAACCUCCCUUCCACAAAGAAAUUGGAUGGAGAGUAGAGCGGACUGUAUCAGUCGUGGUGCGGAUCUUGUUGUGAUUGAUAGCUGGGAGGAGCAGGUAAUUCUCUUUGAGUCCCUACCAAAACUUUCUCCAUAUGCACGGGCUCCUAGAUUUUGGAUUGGCCUCACAGAUCAUCAUGAAGAAGGCACAUGGUUGUGGGUAAAUAAUGCAACAGUGCUGGAUGGAGGGUAUUGGAUGGAAAAACAGAACCCUGGAAACAGUACGGACUGUGGAGCGUUCAUGAGGACUCAUGUGGACGAUCCAAGAAAGUCAUGGUUUGAUGAAUCGUGCCAAGAGACAAGGGCAUGGUUAUGUGAAAUUUGAUUCAGCUUCCAUGGCUGUGAUAUGCAAGAUCAGCUUGGGUUUGUGUCAGACAAUCAUCAUAUGAGAAAAGAUGGACCCCCAGUAAUCUUUCAUGGAACAAAAUGUAGUUAUUGUUUUGUGUGUUCAUUUCCUCAUGAAUAAAUAAUUUGAUUAUAAAAAUAACAAUUGUUGUG